GUCCAAGAUGGCGGCUCCCCCUUCCACGAUGAAAUUUUGGAAGCCGGGGUCUGAGGCGCCGGGAAUCUCAGAGGAGCGCGAGCUCAACUCAGAGACCACCGGCUCCCCCAUCUUCUUCAACCCGCACACCGCCCUCUCUAUCGAGAAACAACGACAGAAACUCCCUGUUUUCAAGCACAGAAACAAUAUCUUAUAUUUGGUGGAGAGCUACCAGACAGUCAUCAUAGUUGGGGAGACAGGAUGUGGGAAGACAACACAGAUACCUCAGUACCUGCUGGAGGCUGGCUGGGCAGCAGAGGGGAAGGUGAUUGGAGUGACACAGCCCCGACGUGUGGCUGCUAUCUCUGUCGCGAACCGUGUAGCAGAGGAGCGGGGGGCACUGAUGGGACAUGAGGUGGGAUACACCAUCCGAUUUGAUGACUGCUCUGAUCCCCACGCCACACGAAUCAAGUUUCUUACAGAUGGCAUGCUCGUGCGGGAAAUGAUGUCUGAUCCUCUUUUGAAAAAGUACAGUGUGUUGAUGCUGGAUGAAGCACAUGAGAGAACACUUUAUACAGAUAUAGCCAUUGGUUUACUUAAGAAGAUUCAGAAAAAGCGGCGAGACCUGCGGCUGAUUGUGGCCUCUGCCACUCUGGAUGCCAAGAAAUUCCACGACUUCUUCAAUCUAAAUGAGUCCGGGGAUCCCAACAAGGACACAUGUGGAAUUCUGACUGUAGAGGGACGCACCUUUCCUGUGGACGUCUUCUAUACUGUCAGUCCUGUCCCGGAUUAUGUGAAAGCCACGGUGGAGACGGUGAUGAAGAUCCACGAGACAGAGGAUGAUGGAGAUGUCCUGGCUUUUCUCACAGGGCAGGAAGAAGUGGAGAAGGUGGUGUCCCUUCUGCAGGACCAGGCAAGAACUCUGUCACGAUAUGGCAUGAAGAAACAUCUGAGAAUUUUGCCCAUGUACUCUGGUCUACCCUACGCCGAUCAGAUGAAAGUCUUUGAGAGGAGUCCUUCCUCUGUUCGCAAGAUUGUGGUGGCGACUAACAUUGCCGAGACCUCCAUCACCAUAAACGGAAUUGUAUUUGUCAUUGACUGUGCAUUUGUGAAACUUCGAGCCUAUAAUCCCAGCACUGCCAUUGAAUCACUGGUGGUGACUCCCAUCUCCAAGGCUUCAGCCAGCCAGAGGGCGGGCAGAGCAGGGCGGAACCGACCUGGGAAAUGCUUUAGACUGUACACUGAGGAGGACUUUGAGAAACUGCCUGCCUCUACUGUGCCAGAGAUGCAGCGCUCCAAUUUGGCCCCUGUCAUCCUGCAGCUCAAAGCCUUAGGCAUCGACAACGUGCUGCGGUUCAGCUUCCUCUCUCCUCCCCCUGCUCAGACCAUGGUGCAGGCUCUGGAGUUGCUCUAUGCUCUAGGAGGUCUGGACCAUUACGGCCGUUUGACUGAUCCCAUGGGUGUGCGGAUGGCUGAGUUUCCUCUCAGCCCCAUGUUUGCCAAGAUGCUCCUGGAGUCAGGAAACUUCGGCUGCUCCAAAGAGAUUGUCACCAUCGCAGCAAUGAUGCAGAUUCAGAACAUUUUUCUUGUUCCACCCAAUCAGAAGAAAGCUGCUGCUCGAGAGCACAGGAAAUUUGCAGUUGCUGAGGGAGACCACCUCACUAUGCUGAAUGUGUAUGAAGCAUUCAUUAAGCACCAGAAGAGCUCCCAGUGGUGUCAGGAACACUUCCUCAACUAUAAGGGGCUGCUGAGAGCUAUAACUAUACGAGAGCAGCUCAGACGGCUAAUGAACAAGUUUAAGGUGCCUCGGACUUCCAGUGAAGGUGACCCUGAUGUGAUCUUGAAGUGCAUUGUUUUUGGCUUCUUUGCGAAUGCAGCCCGUAUUCACCACUCUGGCUCUUACAGGACUCUACGAGAUGACCGUGAGCUGAACAUCCACCCCAACUCUGUGCUGUAUGGAGAGAAACCUCCAAAAUGGGUUGUUUUCAAUGAAGUGGUGCAGACGUCAAAAUACUACAUGCGUGAUGUGACUGCAGUGGAGUCAUCCUGGUUGGUUGAAUUGGCCCCUCAUUUUUACAAGCAGGCCAAGCAUGGCUCACUGGCCAGCAAGAGGUCCCGGGUCCUCUGAGUCUUUUCGUCCUUCCACCAUGUAAAGACGGGGGGAUUCAUUGAGCCGAGAGGAGAAACUCCCUCUUAGAUUGCCACUGUGCCCCUCUCCGCUUCAUUGUAUAUAAAGAUGUAAUAUAUAUUUAUUGUCCAUGUCCACCUGCACAACCCCACGAUGUAGCCAUGAUGGAAUGGGAUUAAGUGGAUACAUUUUUAGCACUGUGGUUGAGAUGUGGGACUUGCUUUUUUUGAAAGCGGCUGUUGUACUUAAAUAUAGUUAUAUUUGGAUCUACAAGAGUAAAUGCUAAUGAAUGUGAGGCAAGACCAGGCGGUGCCUGUCUUGUUUCCUCCCAGUAUAGUCAUGUUGUUCACUUCAUUCAUUCUUGUAAAUAGUCAGAGCAGGCUCAAGUCCAGAGAACGGCUCCUGGUUCUUGGCUUUAUUAUUUUUUUAAUUGCUGUAUUUUUCCUGUUGCAUGAUACUCAAUGAAAGGCAAUGGACUGUGAGGAUGUUUCCCUUUGAGAGACUUGUGGCUUAGUUUUAUUUGCUUUCUUUGUUUCUCACAUAGUGGGAACCUUUGUUUCAAAUCACUUAAAAUUUAGUUUUGGUAACUUUAUUUUCAUACAGAAUGUAUUUGGAUAUGUAUGUUUGCUGCAGAAAGAAACAUCUUAUUUCAGUCAAAUUUAAGAUUCUACAUCCUAUAAUGAUACUGUGAAAAGACUGCUUUACUUAUUGAUCCAUGUUUUUCACUCUGUAUUGCCACUUUACCACAGUCUAGUUCAGACAUAGUGGCCUUGUCACCACUCUGUGCCAGUUUUCUUUAUCAGCCUAAUUCACAUUUCCUUUCAGAUGGAAUGUGUAAAUGCACACAAGCAUUUAAAAUAUGAAAAGCUGUGAAAUCAAAACUAAAAAGUGCCAUUUGUUCCAGUGAUGAUAAAGUGCAUUCAGACAUGCAUCCAAAGCCUCAAACAAACGGUAGCAUUUAUUGGAUUUCAGCCAUCUCUUUGCCUUUCCUCGAGGGGAUUGUCUCAGUUUUGAUUGAGGCUUUUUUGUACUAUUUUGUUUCCUGUAACCAUAAACUGCAUCAGCGAGGUGUUCAGGAAAAUAGCCAUUUUUUCAUUGCAAAUUGACAGCAUGUAUCCUCUACUUUUGUUCACUUUUGUACUUUAUGGUUUAUUUGUGUUUCGAGGCCCUGAAAGUGUCAGUGAACAGUAACUUAAAGGUUUUGUCAUUUCAAUCUGCUUUUAAACCACCAAGAACACUAUUACACAAUUGAACUUCUUGCAUGGUUCUUCGUAGAUCUUGUUCUUGAGGUUACUACUGUAGAUUCAGUGAAACUGUAAUGAAACCACAGAACAACAGCAUAGAGUAGAUAAUUAAACCAAUGAGACGGAUAUACAAAUGAGGUACCUUUGCAUGCUAAACGAUACUCUGAUGUAGACACUUAAGAUCACCUUGUAGACUAAAUGCAAAUGGAACAUUUGCAAAAUGGCUUGUUUAUCCUCAUUUGUGCUGAUACUCUUGAGUAUGUAUGCAGCCAAAGCAGUAACCCUAUACACCACCUGUGUAAUGCUCACCUCUGAGAUAAAAAACUGUCGCCUACCAUUUCUUCCUCACAUCCUCAAAUAAAGCCUUAU